AUGAGUUCUUCUCAGUACAUUCUGCUACUCGUCCUCGGGACCUGCUGCAUCUACGGCUUGUGGAGGACCAGCUCGCUAUCCUGGCAGAGAUCUACUGUACACGCGAAGGCGUCGAUACAGUUCGAUCUGUCGAUCCCAGCCUCGUCUGCUUCGGUGCUGCAUAGAUCCUUCAACAGAACGAGCAGAAAACUAGGCGACAGGAUCCACAGAAGGUAUCGUGGUGCGAUGUCCAAAUACAUGCUCGAGCUGUAUCAUCGAAGAUCAGAUGUGGACAUAGUCCGUGCCCUUCAACCGAUCCAAGUGACUGGGCCAACGAACGACGGAGCGAGGAUCCUGGUGUUCUCGAUGCCUCCGGUUGAUCCAGAAGAGACGUUAGAAGUCGCCGAGCUGCUAGGUGUCGCUGGUGCGAUCCUCCGAGUGCGUCUAGACCAGGUGAACCUGCUGAAGAGCUGUACGUCCAGGCGGGAUGACAGUUGGAGGGCGUUCAAUGUCACUUCCGUCGUGACUGCCAGGGAUAGUAGUCUGGUCAGACUUCGUGUUUACGGUAGAGUGGGCUAUCAACCUUGCGGGGAUGGCCCGAUUUUGCUACUGAGUUACAGUAAGACCAAGAAGAAGAGGCCCAGGCGGUCCGUUCAAGAGGAAGACCAGGUCGAAGAAGAUGGUGCCCGCAGAAGACGCAGGAAUUCAUGCAGACGUCGCUCUUUGUACGUAGACUUCGCACUGAUUGCGUACGACCAAUGGGUCGUUGCACCACCCGGCUAUGAAGCGUAUCAAUGCGCUGGAAAGUGUUUCUAUCCAUUCGGGGACCAUCUGAGUCCCACGAAGCACGCGAUUGUGCAGACUUUGGUGCACGGUGCCCUUCAGGGCAACGAGGGCCUUAACAAACUUGUCGGGAGGGCCUGUUGCGUGCCGACUAGGCUGGCGCCUACUAGUCUACUGUAUCUUGACGCUAGUGGGACGUUGACUUAUCAAUAUGGUUACGAGGAUAUGGUUGUCGCGGAGUGUGGUUGUCGGUGAAGAUAUAGAAUUGAGUACGAGUUUGAGAAUAGUGAUUAAGUUGGGUGACUAAUUGAGUGUGUCUAUUUGGUGAAUUAAAUGCAUCGAUUACUUUUUAUUGUGUCUCUUUUGAAGCGGGACUAGCCUGAGAAUGAAAGUUCUUGAGAUUUGUGCUUGGAAUUCGAUAGGAUGAUCACGUCAGAGGGAUAUGAGGAUUCUUAUAUGUGUCUUUCUCAGGAUUGUAUUUUUUUUUUAA